AUGGCUGCCAUAAACGACGGGCCCUUGAUGCUAGCACACUUUGACCAACAACUGUUCAACUGCGAGAAAUGGAACACCACACAGCUGUCAACUAAGUAUUUCUGGAACAGUAAACAACAUCAGAUCCACGUCGGUCACCCUGUAUAUGAAUCCCUUCCGGGCCGGGAGACUACCCACAACUGGUCGCCUCACAUCGCCAGCUUCUCUAGCUUGGAGAGAGUGAAUACAGACUUGCAAAGUGCCAAUGCAAAUUUGCUCAAAGAGAACGCGGACUUGCGCAGAAGACUAGCGAUUUCGACCAACUUCAGCCGAGAUCAAAGUGGCCUGAUCACGAAGUUGGCGAUGGCUUUCGACCAACUGGUGAGCAGUCCAUCAACAACGCAGGGGUCUGAUUUUUCCAUGUCUGCCCUGAUGGACGAUCUGCGGACAAGCAAACAAAAUUUGAUGAAUUUGUCCGAGACAGUCAUCGAUCAGCGGCAGUUCAUGGAAACUCAGGCAUAUAGCAUCUCGCACCUCCUACGACUUAACGCGGAACUAGAGCGGCAAGUUAGUCAUUCCGCCCAACAAAAUGGGUCAGGCGAAGGCAGAGUUGGCGGUUGGUGA